GAUCCCACGCCCACCUUGGAGGAGUAGCAGCCGAGGGUGCUGCCACCGAGCGGCCACAGCAACCGGAACUCGAGUAUCUUACUAUUUCAUAUUACGCGACUAUUCAGUCUUCUUCAACGAACGUGUUCGUUGUGUAAGCUGUUGAACGUGUAGGAGGGUACCUUUCUCUUUUUUUUCUUCACGAGUGGGCAACUGGCUUCGUGUCUUCAGACUCCUCCCGCCGUGUGGUGAAGUUGAGAUGGUGUGAGUGAGGAGCUCACACGAACACACACACGAGCAAAGUGGAGCCUCCCGUGGGUUGGAUGCCACGAUGGGGAGAGCUGUGGAAAGCCACCGUGAGAGCCUUUGAGGACAAGAAUGGCCCCGGCCCGUCGAGCUUAACGCACUUUUUUUCACGAAAGAGGUCGCCCGCCGCCUUCUAAGAGACGGCGAGCGGUAUUCCUGCCCAGCGAUUCGCCGCCGGAGCCUCCACCUCGGGCAGGCUUCCGACUUGGAGCUCGCCCGUCCACCGCGGCGGCGCUCGGUUGCUGUCAUGUUGUAGUUGUUCUCCCCAAAAGUGUUGCGUUUUUUUAUCUUUUUUUGGAGGGGGAGUCGACGUGGAAGUGAAGUUCGGGCGAUGCUGUUAUGGCCGCUUCCGGUGCUCCAAAGUGUCCGAAGAGUGAGAAGUUGGACGAGGCGCAGAAUUUGGCCAAAAGCUGCGCGGGGAGACCAGACUUCCUCCCGUGUGACGGACUCUCCAUCUGCGCCACGCACAGCCACGGAAAGUGCUUCAAGCUGCAUUGGUGCUGCCACCUGGGAUGGUGCCACUGCAAAUACGUGUACCAACCCAUGACCAACGUGUGCCAGCUGCCCAGCACGGUGGUGCCCCCCGCGGUCACGGAGUACAGCAGCACCAUGGACCUUUCCGUCUCCUUGGCCGAGCGCUUCCUCAAGCUGGCGCCCUGCUUCCGCUCGCCUCCUCACCUGGAGUCUCCCAAGUACUGCGUCAUCGCUGACCUCUUUGUGGACGACUACGUGGUCAAGCGCAUCAACGGGAAGAUGUGCUACGUGCAGCGCCCGCUGCCGCCUGCGCUGCCCGAACCACCUCAACCCCCAGCUCCCCCCACCCCUCAGCCGCAACCCGCUGCCAAGGCCAUGCCGGCGCCGGCCCAGCGCGUACACAGUGAACAGAAAAAACACGCCUCCCCCUUGGACAAAGUCAAGGGUUCCAAAAUGGACCAGUGCUCGUCCCCGUCCAGCUCGGAGGACUCCGGCAUCAAUGCGCUCGGCCUGCACUGUAUGGAAUCCUGCGAGGACGAGAGCGAGCGGGAGGACGACGAGCUGAGCACGGAUGGGAACUCCAGUCCCGGAAGCCUGUGGGAUCAGGACGAAAGCUCCUUACUCUCUCCAUCCAAAUCGAUGAUUGAGAUCAUCGAAAAGAUCGAAACAACUGUCUGAAGUCAUUGUCGCGACGCAAGCGCUUGAGGAUUUACCUUCGAUGAGCCUGGACGAUCAAACCCCCGUGGGCUGUCUCGUUUGUUUUCCUCUUUCCACCUUCUGUUCACAAUCCCCGCAUGGAAUGAAUUUCUGCCACUUUUUACCAGACAGGACACAAAGAUGAAGCACAAGAGUGCUAAGCACAAGCACAAGUGGACCGAACAGCACAUGAUGGAAAACGGGAAGGACAAAAGCAAGGUGAAAGUACAAAGGAGUGUUCGGGCCACACUGAAACGACAAAACAACGCGAAUGUUAAAAGAAUCGAGUCGGAUUUUUGAAGGUUCAAGUUCCAACGCAAACUUAAACAAUGUCAAAUCAUUCAAUAUUUGUUUCAAAAGAAACCCGUCUAGUGAAAGAGAUUUAAGUGUGUAGUUCUUUCUCCGGGACACACACAAACAUUUACACAAUCAAGUGUUCAGCUCUUAUACUCCUGAUAAUCCGGCUUCAUUCUUUUAUCGACUUUCACCGUCACAUCAUUUGUUUUGCAGUGCAGAAAAGAAAAAAAAACAAAUUGUACUCCUCCAGCUUGUUUUUUGGGGGAGGGGGCUACAGUGAAACUCCUCUACAACGAAAUCAUGUUUGCAGCAAGACAUUUUUCACAACAGGGUUUUUUUCACUGAAGCAAAUUUGAUCUCAGAUGUACACACACACACACUGUGUACACGGACACACAAACGUAUGUGUACUCUUUAUUUUUAUUCUAAUAGUGCAUAAGUAUGAGCAUACACUUAUUUGACACUUCAUAUAGUCGUUGUAGAAAGAAAAAAAAAGGGAAAUAAUUUGCGAAAUUUACGAUCAGCAUUUACUUUUUCACUUACAUCAAUUUCUUGAUUAAUGUCUUUUAUUUUGCUUCCUCCAUCUUUCAUUUUGAUCACUUUUAGCCUCUCUUCCAGCAUCAGAGCUCUUGUCUUAGUUGCUUGACAUCCAAACGUCCGUUUUGUAGCCAUUUUAACAAUGCAACGUUCUUGCUGCGUCUGAAACUAACAAUAACAAAUACUUCCUAGACUACUGCGUCCCACUCGUCCUCCUCUACAAAGCAGUAGAGGCCGCUGUUGGAUUAGACUUUGUUGUAGUGAAUCUCGUCGCGAGGCAAGAGCAGAGAAAAAGAUUUCAUAUAAUGCAAUAGGGGUUUUUUUUCGUUGUAUGGGGGGCAGGAAAGUGGGAAUGGUGUUAAUGCAUGAAGAUCUUUUCACACCAGGGGGUGUUUUUGCCCAUGUAGGUUUCGCUGUAGAGGAGUAUCACUGUACUUCUAAAUGUUUUUUGGUAUGUAUACCCUGAACUGGUUGCCAGCCAAUCGCAGGGCACAUAAAGACGAACAACCAAUCGCACUCACAAUCACACCUAGGGACGAUUUCCACUGUACCAUUAACCUGCUGUUAUAACACCUCAUUUGCUUGUCAAAUAUUGACAUUAUUGACGGAAUAAUUUGAAAAAUCAAUCAAUCAACUACAUUCUUACAUUUUUGAUGUAUUUUCUUUUCAGUGUGGUCCCAAUGCUCAUAAAGGAUGUUGUUAGUGAACCGCAAGAAGUUCCCCCCUUGAAAAUUAGCACUUGCACAUGCAUCAAGCUGUCAGGUAUUCUUCCUGAUUCUCUGACCAAAGCUUUGACUUGAUCCCACCCACUCAAAGGUGAAAAAACUCUCCAUAUCCUUAGGACAAAGCCGGCUUACCUAUCACGCUGGGUCCUUCAAAGCUGCGUUUGUGUGCACUUUAACGACACCGACACGCUAACAACCGGUACGGGCAGAGAGGUCCGUGUUCGACAAUCAAGGAUUUUACACACAAGCACAUUCCUAUGCCGUGCCUGCCAAUGAGGACUAAGGAUAUUCUCUCUCCAAAAAAGACUCAUACUCCACCACAACCACCACCUCCUUCAGUCCAGUUCAACCUGCCCACUCUGCAAAUUUGGGCUUAAAUCAAAACGUGACUUGUUCUGACCUCCAUUAGCUACAAAUAAAUGAAGCAGCGCUGAUAGGUGUCAGUGUGGCUGGAGGGGAAGACAUUCUUCAUCCAUUAGAAAGUUCUGGUAGAAUUCAACAAUGCCAUUUGCUUUUUGAGCUUUGGAGUGAAAUGUGUCGUGAGGAUUGCGGUUACGGGAAUCCAGGCUAUGCUAGGCUAGAGCUGACUUGACUUUGUGCUAUGGAGCCCUGCAAAGGUUGAUCAGUGCACAUUUUAAAGAGAUGAAUAUGAAUACAUUUAUGUGAUGCAUAUGAUGUUAGAGUUCAAUAUAUAACAUGAACAGGGUGGACCCCCUAUUAGUAAAAUACAGUUGGUCAAAUGUUCAGUCUACCUGAUUUAUUUGAAAUAUUUAUUUUAAAAUAUUCAACAAUACAACAAUUUGCAUGUCUAUUUACCCGGAAAAAAAAUCAUAUACCAUACGCGUUGGUUACACAGCAAAAAGCACAAGUGAAACUACUAUUCACAUAAAUUGGGUUUCGACCAAUAUCACAGUUUUGAGUUUUAUGUUCUGAAGCUUAUGUUAUUUUCUUAUCAAUAAAUACUAAUGAAACAGA